AUGGAUGUCCCCGGGAAGGGCCACAGGCCAGGGGAAGGCGGCGCUGAUCCCAUCAUCACACAAGAGAGGGAGCCUGGGGCACUCGAGCCCCCUGGCGCCACUUGCCAGGAUGAGGCACCAACACACGGACCGUCCCCUGCUGCCCCAGGUGAGGGGGGCAGCCAGGCAGAUCACCGCGGCACCUGCCCCGCUCCCCCAGCACAGCCAGACCCGGCUGAUGCCUCAGGCAACGGUGACGUCCUUGGUGACCCUCCUGGUGCCGCCCCCUCCUCGGAGCCACCUCAAGCUGCUGACGCCGUCUGCCAAGCGAGCCCCGGGGAGCCAAAGCUGAGUGCCGGCUCCGAGCAGGGCUGCCAAGAGAGUGCCGAGGCGGCGGGCACAGAGACGGGCGAGGAGAAGGCGCCCGGCCUGCACGGGGACGAGUCACCGACCACCGCCCCAGGGUCGGAGCAGCUGGCGGAGGAGUCCGAAAAGGGUCCGCAACCGUCUGGGGAACAGGGACCCCUGGCGCUGGUCAGCGCUGGUGCCCAGGGGGGCCAGGAUGGCAGCUGUCCACUCGAGCCGGAUGGCACGCUGGUGCCAGGGGCACCCUUGCUGGCACCGGGGGACCUUGCCCCUUGCAGCCAGCAGGGGGCAGCAGGCGCCAGGCCUGAGGCGGCCGUGCCAAGGUCUCCCGUGGCAACUGGUGACUCCUCUGGGCCUGCCCACCUGGCCUGCGACAGCAGCUGGGAGCCGGGGGGCGGGGAAGGCUGGAGGGAGGGACCAGCUGGCAGCUCGGCAGGUGGAGCCGGUGACAACAAUAAACCCCGGGGUGAGGUCGGAGCUGGGGCUGUGCUGGAAUCUGAGCCGAGCGAGGUGCCACCCAGCGCUGCCGGGCCCCGAGAGACCUCGCCCGGGGGAGACGGUGCCACGGGUCCAGCUGCAGUUCCAGCUGGUAUCAGGGAUCUGACUGGUACCAAAGAUCCAGCCGGUCCGCGAGAGACCGCCGGUGCCACAGAUCCGACCGGUGACGAUCCAGCUGCUCCCAGCGAUCUGGGCAGUGCCACAGCUCCAGCCGGUGCUGACGCGCCGACCAGUGCCGGGGACCCAGCUGGGGCCAAAGAGCCAGGAGCUGCCUCGGAGCAGAGCAUGGAGAAUGGGGACCCCUCCAGUGACGGCGAAGCCGCUCCGGCCCUGAAGCCGGGCGGCGAGACCCCCAUCGAGCGGGAGAUCCGGCUGCACCAGGAGAGGGAGGAGACCCUGAGGCGGCAGCGGGGCAUGGCCAGCCCGCGGAGCACCCAGGAGUACGUGGAGGUGCGGGUGAAGCCCAUCUUGAGCCAGGCCCAGCUGCCCGCCCAGCUGCCCAAGGAGAAGGAGCGCCAGUGGGCCGGGGCCCAGAUGCAGCGGGAGAUCCAGCGGGAGAGGCUCCGCGAGGAAGACCUGAUGCAUCUGGGCCAGGUGCGGGGCACCUAUGACCGGGGCACCCCCCAGGAGCUGCAGGAGAAGAAGAUGCUCUUCGAGCACCAGCCCAUCCCCGAGCCCCUUUCCCCCAGGAAGCCGGUGAGGGUCACCUGCAGCAGCAGCGCCGAGACCCCCCCGGAUCAGGGCCCCCGGGGACCGUCCUUCACCGAGGCCAACAGCCGGGCCAAGGUGGUCAUCCUGGAGCCCAGCACCCUGCUGCGCCCCAGCCCCGGCCGCCAGCCCCCCCUGGAGCAGAGCCCCUCGGCCCAGGGCAACCCGUUCUUCAGACUGCGCUCCAGGAGCCCCCAGUCCCGGCUGGAGCUCGAGGUGCAGGAGGCCCAGAAGAGGGAAGAGGAGCUGCAGAAGCAGAGGCACUGUCUGUACGGCUGGGUCCUGCCCCAGGAUGCCCAGGGGGCGGCCGACGGGCAGGAGCCGCGCCGCAGCCAGCCAGAGAGACCGUCCUACGGGAAGCUGGAUGUGACCUGGCCUCCCCCAGCCCUGUCGGGGAGCCCCCAAGAGAAUGGGCUGGACCAGGUGGAGAAAAGCCCCCGGAGCCUUCGCCAGAAAAGUGCCUUAAUCCAGCGCUGGGAGUCAGGAGCUGUCAGCAACCAGGAGACCCAGGAGUAG